AAAAAACGGAGGUCAGCAAUUACAAUUGUCAAAAAAUAAAUAUGUCCGACAUUUAAUCGUGACCCGUGAUAAUUUUAAUUUGAACGAUAAUAUGAUAUCAUUUUUCUCCAAACUAUCUCUUAACAACUCUUCAAAACAGCCAGUGGAGGUCGCUAAGCCCGCAUAUAUGGACAAAAGUGCUACAUUACAAGAGCUCGGCUACAAAGACGAGAAUGAGUUGAGAGAGACAAUAUAUGACUAUUUGAGGACAAUUCGAGACCCCGAAAAGCCAAAUACGCUUGAAGACUUGAAGGUCGUGUACGAGGAAGGAAUCUUUGUGAAGGAACCAACUGCAGAUAAAGUGCCCGUUUUACGUGUGGAGUAUAAUCCAACAGUGCCCCAUUGUUCGCUGGCCACACUAAUCGGACUUUGUAUUCGUAUUAAAAUAUUAAGGUCUAUCCACCAUCCUGUGAAAUUGGACAUUUUUAUUAAGAAAGGGGCACAUACGACUGAAGAUGAAAUCAAUAAGCAGAUCAACGACAAGGAGAGGAUUGCAGCUGCAAUGGAGAAUCCCAAUCUAAGAAACCUGGUGGAAAACUGCAUAGCCGAAGAGGAGUAAAUCAACCCAACAACAAUUCUC